AAUUGACGCUACUCCCCUUCUUUUCGAUGUUCAGCCAUGCGCUUUAAACGCCAUGCCAGUGCUGCCUUUUUGCUGCUGAUAGCUGUAGUGCUCCUGGCGCCGAAGCCGUUUGAGGUCUCUGCCUCACCCUUCGAGUUUGCCACGAGGUACUACGAAUUUGACCGGAAGCGGCUACGAUGGUUGUGGUGGCCUGCAAUUCUUUAUUUGUUUUGGGGUAUGGCUCACGUGUGUGACAUUUACUUCGUGAGCUCCAUUGAAGUCUUCAGCAAGAAAUUCAAGAUCCCGGACGAUGUGGCGGGCGCAACGCUCAUGGCCCUGGGGUGCAAUGGGCCAGAACUCUCCUUGAACACGAUUGCGAUUUUCCAGCCCUCCAACAUCGGUGUAGGUGCUGUGAUCGGGGGAGAGGUUUUCAACGUUCUGGUCAUUAUCGGGACUGCACUGCUGGCGACUCCAGAGGAGUACAUGCCGCUGCGCGUUGGCCAGUAUUCAUUCUGGCGCGAUGUGAUUUUCUAUGCGAUCUCUGUAUUGUUGCUCUAUCACGCUCUAUAUGAUCGCGUGAUUGAUGUCUGGAAUGUAGCUUUCCUUCUCUCUGGCGGCCUUGCCUACGUGCUGACCGUUGUCUUCUCCGGCAAGUUCAGAAACUUCUUCCGACAAAAGAAGAGGCAGCUUCACCAUCACCGACAGAGAUCGAAAGAUACUGAGAGUGGUGUGUACUCCAUGACGUCAGAAUGUUCUGACUCUCCUGUGGGUGCAGGCGGUACUGUAUACUACCGAAUGUCGCCAAUGCUGAAUCCCCGCACAAACCAGCCGGAUCCGCAAAAGGUGCUUUACUGGAACCAAGCUAGCCAAAGUGCUGAUCCUUUCAGUGGCAGCGUGCUUCAGAUCCGAACAGAGAUGCGGAAUCGCUUGAUGGACCGGGCGGCCCGCAGCGAUUGGCGUUAUGUUGUGCUCUUGGAGAGUGCUUUGGUGGUGAGUACCCUGAUUGACCCGAGGACUUACGGUUCCGACAUGAGUCGGUGUGCAUCUGGCAUGGUCUUCCAAUCAAAAGACACUGAGACGGGUUGGCAUCACGGUGGCUUGAUCAACAAGCCGCGGCAGUUUCCGGCACGGGCCAAUACAGACUCCCCCAGCGCUUCUACUCAAAACCUUGUGAGCAAGCAGGAGCAUAUGCCCUCGAUGUUCCGCGCAAGUCCAUGGGAAGUGAUCCCGCUUGAGGAUAUCAUUUGGAUGGAACGACCACUCGCUGAUCGCACGCGAUUCAAUGUGCACGUGCACAUGCAUAACUCUGACCUUGCUCAGCUGAUGCCAGUGGUCCUUCUUGAGUUCAUUGCCACAAAAGAGGAGAUCGUCGAGGCUUGGUCCCAAGCACUGAAGGAGGGCAUUCUUCACCAUCGAACUCAAGCUGCUGUUGGACCGCCACAUACCACUGCGCAGAGCGUGCUGCUAAAAUGGCUGGAGUGGUUUCAAUUCCCAAUCAAAUCCUUCACGGAGCUGACAAUUCCAGAUGUCAGCCGGGAGGAUUCAGAGCAUUUAUAUGCUUGGGCAUUUGUGUUAAGUAUGGUUUGGCUGGCGCUGUUCGCCUACCUCGUGGUGGGAGCCUGUGAUGGUAUCCACCAGGACUUUGGCAUUUCUACCUCGGUCUUGGGCUACACAGUUGCUGCAGCUGGUACCUCCUUCCCCAACGUUUUCAGCGGCAUUUGUGUGGCCAGGCAAGGAAAGACCACCAUGGCCGUCGCCAAUGCCCUGGGAGCUAAUGUACAAAAUGUUUUCCUUGCCUUGGCAAUUCCAUGGGCCAUCCAGUGCGCCAUCAACAGGGGAAGCUUUCACUUGCCCUUCACCGGACUGGAAAGCGCGGUAGUGGAGAUCUAUGUCACGCUGCUUCCAGUGAUAUUGGUCUACAUUUUUUGCAGCAACAAGUUCCCCAAAUGGUCUGGAUACGUUUUCAUUUUGAUGCUUAGAUAUGAACAUGGAAAGGUUUCAACAAUCAUUGGAUAAAUCUACAUAGUUGCAAGGUUGCAAUCAACACGUCUAUGUAGAGCAAAUUGGAUAGCAGGCAGGAGAUAUUCCACACCACUUGUCUUGGCAUUUGCUAGAGUGUCAGGGCGGCUGCAAUGAAUAAUUUGUUGCCUCGGCAAUCGCAGGACACGGCUCAGAUUCUUAGAAGAUCAGACUAAAAUAGACUUGACAGAUAUCAGUUUUGUGGACUCUGAAUGUGGUUGACCCAUGUUGACCAUAGCUCUAGUGAACUCCCGAUAGUGCGUGCUGGAUCGGUGUUGUGUACUGAUCUCAGUGCACUGACGGAUAUGAACAUCUAUGAACACGCCCCACCGAAAGGGUAUUUCAAGCACGAUGCUUUGGCAUCAAAACCGACCUAAAUGGCCAUGCCAACCUGAUUAGCGAUGGCCUCCAACCUAGUAGCGACGAACACUAUGACUCGGGAAGGGUUUGACCAGAUCUGAUCUCUUCUUCUUCGCUCUAAGGAUCUAUGCUUGCUACUUGGCGGUGGCACUGACUCAAGAUACUCUGCAUUGCCCUGCGUGGCCCUUUUAUUGCAGGUCAGACUUGCCACCCUCAGUCUGAGCGGUGGAACCAGCUGUGCCCGGCAGUGAAAUUGCUUGUCAUGGCUUGUCCUUACGAACAGCCAAUGCCCUAUGUGCGCCUUGCGCGCGGCAUCCGCAUGACUUGAUUUGG